GGAUAAGCAUAUAAAUCGAGUCAGUCAUCACUAUAAUAUAAUAUGCUAUGCUAUUUCUAUUCUUAAUUCUAGUACCCACCGAGUUCUGAAUACUCUCAACCAACCUGUCGGUAAUAUGAAGCUGUCUAUUCUUCUCUCCCUCACUCUCACUCUCGCCAAUGCAUCCCCUAUUAUCCGACGUGAUGGCGCCGCCGUGGUCUCCGCCAUCACCACGUUAGCCAACCAGUUGACAGCCCUGAACAGCACAGUAACCAGCUACGAGGGCGGACUGGCCGGCAGCCUGACAGCCGUGGAGAUCCAGCUACAGGACGAGGCGGUGGUGACCGACCUCCAGGCCGCGGUGACGGUCACCCAGCAGAGCGCCAACUUCACCGAGACGGAAUCCGAGGAGGUCGCGGUUGCCGUGCUCGAUCUCGAGCCCAAGAUCGUCUCCGUGCUGGCGAAUCUCGUGGCCAAAAAGCCCGACUUUGAGACCGGCCUGUUGGGCGUCUUCUCGCUCGACGCCCUCGUCAAAUCGGAUCUCCAGCAGCAGAAGAUUCUUGCCGCCCGACUGGGCGAUGCCAUCGUCGCAAAGCUCACAGCUACCUAUGCCGCGGUGGCACCUUUGAUCAAUGAUGAAAUCGCGGACCAGUUUGAUAGUGCCAUUGCGGCGUUUAGCAGUUAGCAAGUACCUAGCAGACACUUUAGCAUAGUAUCUAGGUACCAGUACUAGCAGAUCUCAAGCAUAUCAGCAUGUCUGAAUGAAACUUCAUUAUUGAUCACAUAAUACAUUGGAGAAUGAAACGGCAAGAGGGCAACUUGCUAAACCUGAGCAGUCGAACGCCUCCGACAUCAGAAAUGGGAAAAAUAGGAAAUAGGAAAUACAAGAGCAAAUCACUCUAGAUUAGUAACCUCGACUCCAAGGAAGAAGAAAAAAUAAAAAAAAAAAACAAAUCACUGCCGCCAUGAUUUGCCGCAGUUCAUGCAUGUACAGAACAGCGUCAUCGGUUCGUCGGCACUGCGAGUCUGGGCUUCGGUGUAGGUGAC